AUGGAAAUGCAAGAGAAUAACAUUGCAGAAAGGUCCGCGGAGAUUCGAAAAAGUUUGGAAUUAGAACUUUCAUAUCAAGAGUACUUUUUAGACAACAUUGAUGAUGAAACUCGAACAAAUUUAGAAUCACAACCCUCAUAUCAAGAUUACUUUCAAGAAAAUAUAACGGAAGGUUCUUUAGAAACUCAAAAAGGUUUAGAAACACAACCUUCAUAUCAAGAACACUUUUUAGAAACUAUUGAGGAAGAAAUUCAAACAAAUUCAGAAUCACAACCUUUACAUCAAGAGUUCCUUUUAGUGGAAGGUUCCGGUUCCGAGGUAACCCAAAAAUAUUUGGAAUCACAUCCUUUAGAAAACAUUGCGGAAGAUACCCCAAAAAGUUUAGAAUCGCAACCUUCAUACCAAGAAUACCUUUUAGAAACCGUUGUGGAAGGUUCUGAAGGAAUUCCAUCGCAACCUUCGCAUCAAGAAUAUGUUUUAGAAACCAGGUCCGAAAUUCAAGAACCUCAACCCUUAGAAAUCAUUGCAGACAUCGUAGAAGAGACCCAAAAUAGUUUUGAAUCACAAUCUUUACCUCAAGAGUACCUUUUAGAAACCAUUGAGGAAAAUUCCGAAGAAAUUUCAAAAAAUUUGGAAUCGCAACCUUCACAUCAAGAGUAUCUUUCAGAAUCUAUUGUUGAAGGGUCCGACGAAAUUUUAAAAAAGUUUGAAUCGCAACCUUUAGAAAACAUUUCAGAUAUUGCAGAAGAGUCUACCGAAACUCGAAAAAGUUUUGAAUCACAACCUUUACCUCAAGAGUACCUUUUAGAAACCAUUGAAGAAAAUUCCGAAGAAAUUUCAAAAAAUUUGGAAUCGCAACCUUCACAUCAAGAGUAUCUUUCAGAAUCUAUCGUUGAAAGGUCCGACGAAAAUUUAAAGUUUGAAUCGCAACCUUUAGAAAACAUUGCAGAUAUUGCAGAAGAGUCUACCGAAACUCGAAAAAGUUUUGAAUCACAACCUUUACCUCUAGAGUACCUUUUAGAAACCAUCGUUGAAGGGUCCGAAAAAAUUCAAAAAAAUUUGCAAUCAUUUGAAGGUUCUGAAGAAAGUCAAACAUAUUUAGAAUCACAACCCUUAUAUCAAGAUCAAGAGCACCUUUUAGGAAAUAUUGUGGAAGAUCCUACAGAAAUUCAAAAAGAUUUAGAAUCACCACCUUCAUAUCAAGAAUACCCUUUAGAAACCAUCAUGGAAGAUUCUAUAGAAAUUCAAUACCUAUUGGAAAGUAAUCUUCAAAAUUCUAUUAAACAACCUCUUGAACCGAUGAAAGAUUGUAUUUGUAAAGAGCAAAUGGAAUCUCUAGUACAAUUAAUCGACUCAUUAAGAACUCGUGUUGAAGAAUUAGAAAUUGAAUCGACCACCAAAGAUCAAAAUUUUAAAAAACUUCAACGAGAAUUUAAUGUAUUUAAAAAGGAAAGUUCUUUGAAACAUGAUAAAACUUCUCAAAAACAAGCAAAAACGCCUCAUUUGACUUCACCUUUAUCUAUUAAUGGCGUUCAUUCGCAUAAAACUGUCGGGGUGCCUCCUUCAAUUCCUUCACAUAUACCUUCUAUAACAACUAAAGUUCCUUUAACCAUCGUUAAAUCUUCAAUUCCGCAGAAGAAAUUAUCUUUUACUUUUUCUAGACAGAAUUUGAAUAAAGGUAAACCUUCUUCAAUUCCACGAAAGAAAGUUUCUUUUGACUCUCCUCUUUCACAUUAA